AUGCAGCCGACACAUGUUUUGUCUGCAUGCUAUCGCUUCAUCAGUAACCUGAGCAAUGUCGUCCCACGAGUUCAUAUUAUCCUCGGCAACCAUGAUCUCGCAUACCGUCGUGACUACCAGACGACAGCUCUCGAAGCGCUCAACAUUAAACGACUCGCCCCGCACGUUUCACUUCACAGCAUCAUCGAUCGGCAUGAGUGGGACGACCGACAAGUUUUGCUUCUUCCCUUUCGCGAAGAGCAAAGCGAGCUCACAGAAGCAGUGGCUGCCAUCAAUCCCGAUGAUGCGAGCAAGACAGUUGCAUUUGCUCAUCUCGCAAUCAACAAGGCAAUUCUUCAAACGACCAACUCGAUCGCCUAUCGCGGCUUGACAGGCUUGGAUCAUUUCGCUUCCCUAGCCCGAACCUUUACAGGGCAUUUCCAUAGCCAUCAAACCAUUACGCAAGACCACCUCGAGAAUAAUGAGGAUGAUCUACACGGAAGCGUCACAUACUUGGGAUCGCCCUUACAAUUGAAUUGGGGCGACCUCAAUGAUGAACAGCGAGGCGUUGUUCUAUUCGAUCCACAGACACUUCAGCACGAACUACUCAUCAACCCACAUGCUGUCGGCUACACAACAGUUGAUGCCCAGCAGGUCCUUGAUGGCCAGGUCGACCAGGAUACAAUCAGAGACAAACAUGUCAUGCUCCUUGGCAAGCCCAACCAUCUAAACUAUGUCACGGCGCGAGAUUCGCUUCUUUCGCUAGGUGCACGGAGUGUACGGGAUUGGACUCAAACGAAAUAUCUUUCGAAAUCCAACCAAAGACCAUUGGACACUCUCGGAUCAUCAGUUCCAACUAGUGACGCCGCCGUUCAACCCUUGGAUGAGCCUAUGAUUACACUAGAGGAUUUAGCUAUGGCCAGUGACGCUGAUUCCGGUACUACUUUGGACGCUCAGCCAGAAGUAAAGACACUCGACCUCAUCGCAGAGGCUCGCGAAUAUGUCGAACUGCUUGACCUAGAUGAAUCUCUCUCCUCACGACGAGAUGAACUGGUGCGAGUCGGUCAACGCAUCAUCCAAGCCUCCCGAGAGAUUACGGACGAAGAAAUUGAUCCCGAGGUCACGUAUCACAACUUCCUUGGCAGUUCUGUUCCGACCGUGGGCACAAAUGUCUCAGGUAGUGUGGAAGAUCCUUCUACAGAUGUAUUUGUUGCAGAACCACGCACCCUUACAAUCACCAACUUCCUCGGCGUGCAACAUGUUAUCACCAUCGACUUUCGAAAUGACUUCCCACGUGGACUGACCUUAUUGGUCGGCGAUAAUGGGUCCGGCAAGAGCACGAUCGUUGAGGCCAUAGUAUGGUGUCAGUUUGGUCGGUGUAUACGUAGCGGGAUGGCAGUCAAAGAUGUCCCCAAUGACACCAUUGGCAAGAACUGCUCCGUUACUCUGGAAUUUGCCAAUGGCUAUGCUAUCACUAGGUAUAGACAACACAAGAUCCACAAGAACCGUGUCGUCGUUACGCUACAUGGUACCCCUCAACCGCAGCUUGAGCUUCCAGAUGCGCGAGCAACACAGGCAGCAAUCAACGAUUUCCUUGGAACAGACUAUGAUACAUAUGUAGGGACGGUCGUGCUGAGUCAAGAAAGUGCAGCAAGCUUUAUCAACUCGAGGCCAGCACAUCGACGAGAGCUGAUAGAGGCGUCACUCGGACUUCCCAUGCUAGAUCACUGGGGCCAGAUAUCAAAACUUCUCCUCAAGAACAUCGACACAGAGACCGCUAAGGUGCGGCGGAAUCUAGAAGUAGUAACUUGGAAAAUGGAGGAAAGCACCCGGAGGCGUGAGGAGCUGGAACAGACUCAGACACAAAUGGAAACUGACACAGCUAAGGCUGUUUCGUUAUUAGAGUCAGUCAGUGGCCAGGUAAAAGUCAAAGAAUCUCAAUACGACAUAGAAAGAGAGUAUGAGACCGAGUUCCCUGGACCAAGCAUGGAUCUUCGCGCAAAAAUAUCAAAUUUACAGAAGCAGAUCCACUAUGAACAAGCCAAUCUCGACCAGAUGCAGCGCUCCCUUGUCGAGUUUCAUAGAGAAAGGCCUGUAGAGCUUGCUGGGUUGAUUGACAGAUUACAUGCACAAGUACUACAGACAACUGAGGCUAUGGCAGCGAAUCAUCCCACAGGUCCACAAACGUUAUCGCACAUGAUAGGGUUGAUUGUCCUUAACUACUUGUCAGUCACAAUCGAGAACUUUCGGCGUUUGUUUGGAAAGUAUUCAGAUGGUGGCGAGGAAAAGGAAGAGCAAAAGCGCAAACAAGUGACCAUGGAUAUUCUUCAUGGCGAUAUUGUGGAGGCUACAUCAAGAUUGAUGAAGUUGAAGUAUGAAGAGAAUCAGACUAUCAAUCAUGUUCUGACCAUAAGCGAUAAUGUGGCGAGAUCUGCCCGAGCUCAAAAGAUGCGCGAAGAAAUUCGGAAUCAAGUAACAAUCCAACAGCGCGACGCAGCUAUUUACAAAGAAUUGGCGGCAGCCGAACGACAGCUUACGCAGAGCCUUCAGUCAGAACUCGACUCGCUGCUUAAGGAUUUGCAAACAAUUGCUAAGGACCGCGAACUCUUUGCGUUUUGGGCUUCUUCAUUCUCGCAGCGGAAUCGUGCCUCCUCUUCUACUUCCCCGGCGAAGCAACGGGGAUGCUUCAUUCAAUCUUCAACACUGAUGCAAGUGGCGCGCUGA